AUGAGAGGAAACGGAGAAGAGGCCAUAGCAAAUGACGCCAAGCACGGUGUAAGCCCAGAAGAAGACCUGGAACGGCACGCCCAGGGACUCGUAGAGUACUUUCAACAUGGGGAAGAUGAUGGUGCCAGCAUCGAAGAGGCAGCUGUUCACCUCAAUCAGGAAAACGUGCGCGAGGUCGUGCACAGCAGGCUUCGGAUGGCCAUGUGCCUACUGCCGGGCAAGACAGUGCAGCACCAGAUCAGCAUGGUGAUCCUUGGCGUCAUGAUGAUCCUUGGCGAACUUGGGAUCGCUCGCAUGGGGCCUGGGGACAGUCUACUUGGCGUAGCGCUGGGUGGUGGACUGGAGAUGGCUACUAUGGCGGGCGGCAGUGGUGGUAUGAUGCCUGGGAUGAUAGGGAUGGUGCUAGGCGUCCAAAUGGGGGUCAAGAUUCCGGCCAUUUUGGCAGGAACGAUCAACGUGAUGCAACAGAUCCGUGGGCCCACUACCAAGGUCCGCCUGAGGGACAGGCCGGUCGUCCUGAUGACCAGGCCUCCGAUGGCUCGGGCAGAGGCUCGGGUGAAUCUCGUGGGAGUGGUGCCAGCGAGGCACAAUCGCCAGGUAGUGGUGGCCGAUGUGACUACGGAGACCGAGAUGCACAGGGCCCAGAUAACAAUCGUGUUCCUGGUCCUGACAGAGAGCGGAGACUUCAAAGGUGGCCUGAGUGAGCGGAUGGCUGUGCCGAGCUUUUCGGCAGACAAGACAGGGGAUGAGCUUGGCAGCUCAGCCCGCUCGUACCUGAGGCAGAUCGAUGCCUGGUGCAAGGUGACGAGAACUCCGGCGUCGCAAAGAGCCCUCUUGCUUUACCAAAAUCUUAGCGGAAGAGCGUGGGUGGAGUCUGAAGAGCUCAGUGUCGAGUUGUUGGCCUCCGAGUACGGCGUGCAGGAGUUUAAGAGAUGGAUCCAGGAAAGGUACCAGGAGAUCGAGGUGUCGAAGAUAGCCGAGGCCUUGACUCAGUUCUUCAAGAAGCUGAGACGUGAAGGAGGUCAGAGUAUCCGUGAGUUCAACUCAGCAUUCGACCGUGGCCACACCCGCUUAUUGGAGAUCGACUGUCGCCUCCCUGAAGUCGCAAAGGCCUGGGCGUACUUGAAUGCCCUCGGCCUCACGAGUGCAGAGGAACUUGCCCUCCUUGCUUCCGUGGGCAAUGAGUACAAUACGGCAAAGUUGCAGAAGGCAGCAGUCCUCCACGAGAAGUCCUUUAAGCCCCCGUGGUUCGUGAGGCGCAACGGCAACGGCAAUCCUGAUGGGGGCAAAGGAAAACCUGUGCGAGGUGCCUUCUUGACCGAGAUUGACGAGGACGACAUUGCCGAGGAGGAGACAGAGCACCUGAUGACCGAGGAAGAGGCCUCUGAGAUGCACGAGGCGUUCAUGGCUCAGGAGUCAGCCAAGGCCCGGUACAGGGAGAUCACGAAGGCUCGGGGAGUGGAUCCUAGUUUUCUUCGCAAGGAUGGUUCCAGGAACGAAGCCAGCAACAAGGAUACUCCUGAGGCCAGGUUGCAGCUUGCCAAAAGUCGCUCGUAUUGUGCUGGAUGCCGCCGCAGGGGGCACUGGCACAAAGACCCAGAGUGCCCAAUGAAUCAGCCUGGAGGCCAGAUGACGAAGCCUGGUGGUUCCUCGGGCGCCAAGGACAGCUCCAAGGAGGCGUUUGUGGUGCAGGUUGCCUAUGAGGUCGGCUACAUGGGUGGUCAGGGCUUGGUCGCCAUCACCGACUCCGCACGCAGUAAAUCUGUGGCGGGACAGGCGUGGCUCCAGAAGUACAUGUUGGCUGGCCGGGAAGCGGGCCUUGAGAUGCAGUUCAUCGACACCCAGGACGACUUCAGGUUCGGGGCCUCCAAGCUUUUCCGGGCUACCUUCACUGCCACGAUUGCGAUCUUCGUUGGUGGACGCGGCUUCUUGGUCAGGGCUUCCAUCGUCCAGGGAGAGGUCCCCCUUCUCCUGUCAAGAAACGUCCUGAGCAAGAUUGGCAUGCUUUAUGAUGUUGAAGGACACAGCGCCUCGUUUCGUCACCUUGGAGUACAAGAUCUCAAGCUCCUCACGACGGAAAAUGGACAUCCGGCUAUUCCCGUACGAGUGAAAGGGCUCCCGACGUUUGCUCUCCCAACGCCCCAGGAGUGGGCCGGGGACGAAGUGCGACUCCUUCCUUCCAGCGAGUCUCAUGCUGCAUACAUGACCAUGACAUGUGAGAGUAGUGAGAGGGCCUCUGCAUCAACCUUUGCUACUUCCAGGAGCUGUGAGUCAGCAUGUGUUGCCGAUGGAGGUGCCGAUCGGAACCUCUCCCAGCCCUUCGAGACUAUCUUUUAUCCGAAGAAGUUAUCGCCCUUUGUCUUCAACUUCUUGAGUGCCGAGGCUUUGAACACUGAUGUUUUCAUGCGUUGGUGGAGUGAGACCAAGCUUGCAAAGGACUUCUGGAUAGAAACGGCUUCUUCUUUCAUACGAAUACACGUCAUUCCCCGGAAAGCACUGUUCUCCCCCGAUGCAUGGCACACAAGUCAGAGCAACGUUCGACUGUGUUCCCUCGUACCCCUUUUCAGAGCAGCAGUUCGGAACAUGUCGUCGCAGAAGGCCAAGACGCUCUGGAACAUGAGCCGGAGCGAGUUGGUAGAAGAAGCUCAUCGGCUGGAAGUGCCGAUACACACUACAUGGGGCAAGGAAGAGAUACGUCAGCUGGUGUCAGAGAAGAGAAAGGAACUACAUGGUCCAUCCAGCGUCCCGAGAGGUCUCUCUUCAAUGACGAUGCCCGAGCUAGUCAAGAAGAUGGACGAGCUGCAGAUCCCGCUUCCACCGAAGCCCACCCGAGGACUCCUUCAGAGGAUCAUACGAGACUCGACAAGAGAUCUGUCGGAACAGAUCGUGACGUUCGGGAGGUACAAGAACUUGCUCUUCAGAGAACUCCCACAUUCGUAUCUUCGCUGGAGUCUUCAGGAAACAGCAGCGCAGGGAUCGGGGGCGUCCCACGAGUUGAGGCAGCUAGCCAACUUUGCCCAGAAGGUCCUCAAUCCUCAGAAGGAGACGUACCACGACCCAGAGAUGAGUGCUGCAAUCCCUUACCAACCGGAUCCAGAGGAGACGAGUUCGACCUCAACGAAGUGGUCUUUGGUGACGGGGACUUCGGAGGCCAUGGCAAGCGGGUACAAUCAGGGCAAGAACCAUGUCCCGACAGCGAAGCAGAUGGGAGCCAAGCGCGGCAUCGAAUCCGAGGAGAGCAAGAUGGCCCAAGACACUCCCCCGGAGGUACGAGAGGAACUCGAGGCACUAACCACCAGGCAAGCUCAUGGGGAACAGGGGAGCUCGAUUGCUUUUGGGGCCUAUAGUCAUGGUAACUUCCACGGCAUCAUUAAGAAGACCUUCGACCAUGUCUAUGUUGUGCGCUACAUGAAUGCUUUCUUGCGGGCACAUGGGGCCAAGGGUACCUGGAGUUCCCUCCAGAUCAAUGUGAACUGUCGUCCUCUUGUACAUCGUGAUCAGCACAACCAUAGCGACACCCUUGCAAGCACCAUCUCCUUCGGAAAUUUCCGCGGCGGUCGUCUGUGGAUAGAAACGGAUCCUGAAGCCCAGGUGCCAGAGAUCGGUGUCCCCCACAUUAUGUCAGAUGGCGAAGGGCGUGCUCUUUCAGGACACCUUGUCGACACUCGUGCGCUCGUGAAGUUCGAUGGUCGUCGUAAACAUGGCGUAGAAGAGUGGGAAGGGGAUCGUAUCAGCAUUACUGCUUACACAACACGUGGGGUGUCGCAACUGGCACGACAAGAACGGGACAUGCUGAGAAGUUUUGGUUUCCCCGUUGGGCAGGAUACCCCCACGAAGAUCGCCGUUGAGGACAAAUCCUGGAAAAACGAACACGUCCGGCGACCCAAGAAGAGCAUCAGAAGACAGAUCAUGCGAGGGGCUAGCCGAGCAAGUGCACUGUUGACCUUAAGUAUGACGGCAGCUUCGAGUUACGUCGCCGAGGUAAUGCUUCCGAGUUCAUCCCCAGACAGACCAUCAAUCCUGGAAAUUGGAGAUUUCGCUGCUACCUACACCCUUGCAGGAAACGGCAGCUCAGUCAUAGAACCGGUCUCGUGGGAGGAUUUUGUCAACGAUUCAGAUUGCCAGAGAGUUCUCGAAACCAUACAUGCCCUACACCCAUGUGUUGUCUGGAUUCGAGGUCACGACGAGAUCACCGAUGCCAAGUCCAACGAAAUCGCAUCCCAGGUCUUCUCCGCUGCGUUGAAUCAGAUCCUCUUGGGGGGUAUAUUCGUUCUCAGCGGUAACAAAGAACACAUGCUGUGGAGAGACCAUGCCUUCGACAGCUUGCUUAACAUGUAUGAGACCCAGUUAGAUGUCGACGCUCAAGGCUUUCAAGUGCUUCGUGUUGCGCAACCUGGAGUUCUGCAGCAAGGGCCUCAUUCGGUAUAUGUCGGAGAGAUCGAACAGCAGGUCCCCAAGCCCGUUCAGGCUUCCCUUGGUCGACUUCAUCAGAACCUCGGCCACCCAAGCAACCAUGACCUAGCGCCUGCGUGUUUGCCAUCUUUGUUGGAUUUCAACCAGCUCGUGAGCGUCGACGUUUUCACAGUUUUCGAUGCAGCCCAGGUGAAACAUUCGUUGCUGUCCGUCAUAGACCAUGCUACAACGUUCCAUCUUGUCGGAGAGCUUGAAGGGCAUUCUGCCGAAGCCUUUGAGCGGAAGUUCACUCAGAUGUGGGGAUCUGUUUUUGGGGCACCAGGAACAAUUGCUGCAGACUUGGAAACUGGUCUACAGGCCGGGCUGGCGAACUAUGCUGAAUUCCAUGGAUGCCGGCUUCGCCCCGCUGCAGGCCAGGCCCAUUGGCAGCAAGGACUCAUAGAGCGUCAUGGCCUCUGGUAUCAGGCUAUGCUCAGAAAAGUCAUAGAUGAGAAGUCCAUCGACGCUAGCGACCUUUACUAUGCCUUGCAAGCAGUGAACUCAGCUAAGAACGAGCUGCGCCGGAGACAUGGUUUCUCACCAACCCAAGAGAACUGUGCGCUGGCGAUGACGAAGAACGAUACCUGGAAAUACUUUCACAUGAUCGCCAACGACAACGGGAGAUGCAUAUUCGUGCCUCGGCCAGGAUCGCCUUUUACAGAACACAACUUGAUUCGAAGCUUCGUCGUGCACUUAUCCAGCGGGCUCGAGUUAAGCGUGGAGGGUACUGCGUCGGGGAGUUGGUGUGCUUUUUCAGAGUUGACAAAGGAGGGACAAAGUCCAACUUCAAACGAGGUAAGUGGCGGGGGCCCGGAACGAUCAUUGGACAUGAAGGUGGUAACUGGUGGGUUUCUUUUGGUGGGCGGUGUCAUCUUGUUGCUGAAGAACAUCUCCGUCCUAGCACUUCUGAAGAGCUUGGAGAAAUCCUAA